CACUCGGGGAGAAGAAGGAAGAUCUCGGCCAGUUUCUACCAUGAAAAUAACUGAAAUUCUGGGAGCUGGUGACAUCUCCAAGGCAAUCGAACAAUGCAAAGAAUCAUUCAGCUUCAAGAAGUUCUUUGAGACAAGCGGCCUCUCUAGUAAAUCUCCCAACGACGUAAAGGAGGUCUUUGCAAUUCUGGACAAGGAUGGCAGCGGCUACAUUGAGAAGACUGAGCUCAAGUCCUUUCUUAAAUACUUCUCACCUGAUGCCAGAAUGCUGACCGAUAAAGAGAUCCAGUCCAUGGUCUCCGCUGUCGACCAUGAUGGUGACGGACAAAUCAAAUUCCAGGAAUUCCUGCAACUAGUUGAGCUGUCAAGAAAACCUAACGCCUAAGUCAAGAACUAACCCCUAAAGGUCAUGAUGCUAUGACACAUUAACCUUUGACCUCUGAAGCAAGAAUUGGUCAAGAUAUCUUUGUUUAAUCGAGCAGCAGAAUGGAAAAGUAUACUCAGAUAAACACAUCGUCCUAAGUGAUUGAUUGGUUUCUUGCUCAGGGGAAGGUCUCUCAAAACAAAAUAAAGUACAUUUUGGA